AUGAGAGGAUUGAGAAUCUUUCUGGGGACCUUGCUCCUCCUACAGCUGUUCGUUUCCUCCACGUCUGCUCUCCGACCCGUUGAUCUCGGCAAGCAUGCCGUGCCAAAAAGCCGCAAAUCACGCCACGGCCCUCGUGCUGAUCUCUCGCUUCGUCUGAGGGGAGGGCAGGAUGCAGGAGAGAAGAAGGAAGCAACAGAGAAGAAAGAAGAGGGUGCCAAGGUGAAGAAGCCACGUGACCCCAACACAAAGUCAAAGACGCGUUCCACCCGUGCUGGCCUUCAGUUUCCUGUAGGAAGGAUCCACAGAUUCAUCAAGCGUAGAGCCCAAGGCGUGAGAAUUGCAGGCGGAGCUGCUGUGUACCUGGCAGCUGUGCUGGAGUAUCUCACUGCGGAGGUGCUCGAGCUUGCCGGAAACGCUGCAAGGGACAACAAGAAGACGAGGAUCAUUCCUCGUCACAUCCAGCUUGCCAUCAGGAACGACGAGGAGCUGAACAAGUUGCUGGGACAUGUUACCAUCGCUGCUGGAGGCGUCCUUCCAAACAUUCACAGCGCUCUUCUUCCGAAAGAUAGCGGGAAGGGGGAGAAGAAGGAUCAUGGAGACAAGGGUGAUCACGGAGAUAAGGCUGAGCAAGCGGAGAAGGCGGAAGCAGCGAAAUGA